AUGGCGCCUCCGAUAUCUAAUACGUCAGCUGAGCCCACGCUCUACGACAUCCUCGCUCUGACCCCCAAGCACCUGGAGGGCCAAGCCGGCGCGGCCCAGCAGCAGAAGAUAGUGAAGCAGGCCUACCACCGGGCCCUGCUGAAGCACCACCCGGACAAAGCGGCCAGCGGCCCACCAGCCUCAUCCUCAUCCCCAUCCUCGCCCUCAGCCUCAGCCUCUUCCCCAAACCCAUCAGGCGGCUCCAAAUCAAAGUCAUCCCCCAAAGCGCACGCAAAACAAGGCUCCCACAGCCAGCCGCGCAUCGCCUACACGGUAGACCAGAUCCAGCACGCGUACGCGGUACUCUCGGACGCCAAGCAACGGCGGGAGUACGACCGCUUACUCCGCGCGUCUCCCGCGCAGCGGCAUCAGCAGACGCAGUCGUCCUUCCAGACGGGCGUCGAGACAGUGGACCUAGACGACGUAUCCUUCGACGAGCAGACGGGGGUGUACUACCGCCCCUGCCGGUGCGGCAACGCGCGCGGCUACGCCUUCACGGAGGAGAACCUGGAGGAGUUCGAGGAGGACGGCGUGCUCAUGGUCGAGUGUCUCGACUGCAGCCUCUGGGUCCGGGUCCUGUUCGCCGCGGCCGAGGACGAGGAGCCUGCUGCUAAUAACGUAGCUACCGUCGUGAAUCCCGGUGGUAGCAGAGGUCCGCGCGACGAAGCCGUAGCACCCCGAGGGCGAGGCGAAGAUAUUGCCGUCACGACUUCGGGAGAGCAGCGCGGCGCCGGCACCGGCAGGGGGUUCACCUUUAACUGGAGUUUUAAUUGGGGAAUAUCGCUAUCCGGGACUGCUGCGUCCAGCUCCGCAACAAUCGAGACGGGUAGCAGCUCGCGGCGGUAG